AUGGCGGACUUGCAUGAGCAUGAUCUCACGGCGGAGCUGCGCAAGACGAUUAAUAGCGUCACCGGUAGCCGCGCGGCCAAGUCGCGUCUUGCACAGCAGGGCCGGCUAGCGUGGCUGGCCUCGCUGCUCGUCGCGCCGCUGCACGCCGCGGCGCUGGAAAUGCGUAUUCUCGCCGCGAACUGCGUCGGGUCCGUCGCGCAGAAUGCGACGCCCGCGACACUGCUGGCGAUUCUGCGUGCAGAUGUGCCAUAUUUACUUCUUACUCUGAUUACACGGCUAGCCGAGGCGUCAGACUCGUCCGCGGGCGCCACAGCGUACCUGCGCAUGCGCGCAUUGGAAGCGGCGCUGCGUGCACUACGGGCUGUCAUGUGCUCUGUAUCUGACCAGAUUGGCCACUCGCCACGCUGGAGCAUUGGAAGUGGCUGGGGCUUUGCGUCCAUGUCAGGUCUGGAGCACACUGGCACGCGAAACUCGGCGCUCCCUGAAAACCGCCCGGUGCAGCAUUCGCUGCGCCAGGACACUUCCUGGAACUCGGCAGGGCCGCCGUGCGUGUCGAUCCGGAAGGAAAUCCUCUUGCGCUGGUUCCCUGCUGCGGCCGGCGAAGUGUGUGGCGGGGAUGCGGGUGCACAGGAACCGAUGCUCAAAGCAGCGCGCCUGCGCGAAAGCACGCAGCUGCUCUCGGUUCCCCACGCGAUGCAGGCAGGCAUGGAAGAAGCAGCUAUUCUGGAUCAACUGGAGCCGUUUGCAGCGCUGAACUGGCUGUGCCGCAGCGCCAUUUCGCUCGUGUUUGCGCCGCGGCAUUUGCGCCUGCUGCUGGGCUCGGUGCUGUUUGCACGAGCCAUGGUCCAUGAAUGCGAUACGUCCCGCUUUCCCACACCCACCUCUCCUAAUGCACUGGGGUCUGGCAUUGGCGUGCACUCGCACGCCGUUGCGUCGCGAGCGCAGGCGCUCACGACUGCAGGAAUGGUCGGCGAGGUGCUCGGGAGCUGCAUCACCGUCGCUGGCGUAGAGCACUACCAGUCGUCGCCUGAAACGACGCGCCUUCGCAUGGCGCGGCAGUCGGCGCCCGUGCUUGCAACGCCACGCGAGGAAAUUGCGCGGCGGUGUGCCGCAUUGCUCGCAUUUUCUGCACGCGAGAGUCCAUUUCCGGUGGAUGCACUGCCAGCGGGCACGGGCGCAGUCCAGUGCUUUUUAUCCGCCGCCGAGUUGCACAGCGCGCAAGCACAGGAGGCCAUUCUGUGGCUUUUCUACGAGCUCUUGGCUGCAAGCAACGAGGCGACCAAGGCACAGCUCGCCGUAUCCACAUCCGUGUCGGGCACAUUCAUUUCUGCCAUAUUGCUCAAUCUCGCAAAUAGUCGCACGCCUGCAGUGCGCCUUGAUGCGCUGUGCUGUGUCUCCCAACUGGACGGCAUGGCACCGACGCAGCUGCUUGCUGGGAUCAUGGAACUGGUGCAGCACGCUGGCGCCGUCCAAGUUCAAGCAUGCUUUGCGCUUGCGCGGUUGGUGCGCGAGCGCCCAGUGCUGCAGGAAAUGGCCGCUGACGAGUUUUCUGCCGUUGAUAUUCUUGCUGGCAUUGUCCAAAAUACGAACCCUGUCGUGACAAGUGCGGGUGCAAAAGGCAGCGCGAGUUUGUCGAAGGAUGAGCUUGUGGUGCGACUGCACGAAGGCUGCCUGACUGCACUGGCCGCGCUUGCUGUGCGCAGCGAUGCAAUGCGCCACCGCGUCGCCGACUGCUGUCCCUUGUUUCUCGCCGGCAUUGUGCGUCCUUCGCUGGUUGCAUCCGCACUUGGCGUGCAGCUUGCAGCGUGCAGACUCGUACGUGUGUUGAGCCGCACAGUCGGCAUCCUCCGCACAAGCUUGCUGGACGCUGGCGUGGCGGAAAAGAUGCUGUGCCUUCUCAAAGAGAAGGACAAUGCCAUGAUCCACACGGAAGUCAUCGGGACUAUAUGCAACAUGCUGGUCAAGUUCAGCCCGAUGAAAGAGUACCUUGUUAUGCACGAAGGCCUCGAGUGCCUCGCCAGGUUCUCGCGCAGUCCUCGCGGCCACGUACGCUUUAAUGCGCUCUGGGCCAUCAAAAAUGCAGUGUGGGAGAGCGACCCGCCGUUCCGGGAAAAACUGAUGGCGUUGGUAGGCUGGGAUCACCUUGCAAAACUGCUGCGCAGCCAAGACACAUGCAUCCGCGAGCAAGCACUGAACAUUGUGCGCAAUCUCACGUCGUCCAACGCACUUGGCGAUGGUUGUGCCAAUGUAGAUCUCACGUUGGGGCACUUGGGCGAAACCUAUUUGCUGGACUCGGUCGAGGAAGCCGUGUGGUCAUUGCAAGGCGGCGACCGCGCCACUGAGCAGGCCGCCUACAUUUUCGUCAACAUUGCCGCUGGUGGUUGGAAACACCGCGAGCUGUUGAUUAGCCGCCCCAAUACGAUGGACGCGCUUUGUUUUUUCCUGCGCCACAAGAGCGCUUCCGUGCGCGAGGCCGGCGUACGCUGCGGCUAUAAUUUAUGUUAUCGCGCCGCGCGCGACGCCGAGGAUGCAGCAGAGUCUGUUUGGGAGCGCGCCGCCGCCCGUCUGCGUGCGUUUGGGUACGAUGUAUUAUUACGGGACUUGGUGGAUGAUAUCGAUGCGAAUGUGAAGGAAAUAGCGAGGGAUACGCGCGCACAGUUGGAGUCGAAUGUAGAAUAG